UGAUAUAUGUAUACUUAUAUAUAUUUCGAGUAUGGCUGUAAUCUUGUCUUCUGUCACAAUACUGCGCUUGUUAGCUUGAAAUUUAGUUUUGGAUUGUCCUUAAUAUCGUUUAAAAAUAUCGUACUGACUUCUACUUAUCGUUUUAAAUUGAAUUACGACGAAAAAAUGUCUAGUGAAAGUGUAAAAACAUUUGCUAGUCUUGAAACACCUGGAUAUGUAGGAUUUGCAAAUUUACCUAAUCAAGUUCAUAGAAAAUCAGUAAAAAAAGGUUUUGAAUUUACGCUUAUGGUUGUUGGAGAAUCUGGUCUUGGAAAAUCUACAUUAGUAAAUAGUUUAUUUCUUACUGAUUUAUAUCCAGAACGUGUAAUUCCUGAUGCUAUAGAGAAAACUAAUCAAACUGUUAAGCUUGAUGCUUCAACUGUGGAGAUUGAAGAAAGAGGUGUCAAACUUAGAUUAACUGUUGUUGACACUCCUGGUUAUGGAGAUGCAAUUGAUAAUACAGAUAGUUUUAGAGCUAUCAUACAAUAUAUAGAUGAUCAAUUUGAAAGAUUUUUACGUGAUGAAAGUGGUUUAAAUAGAAGAAACAUAGUAGAUAAUAGAAUACAUUGUUGUUUUUAUUUUAUCUCACCAUUUGGUCAUGGAUUAAAACCUUUGGAUAUAGAAUUUAUGAAGCAACUUCAUAAUAAAGUUAAUAUAGUACCAGUAAUUGCAAAAGCUGAUGUACUUACAAAAAAAGAAGUAUUGCGUUUAAAGAAACGAGUUAUGGAAGAAAUAGAAGGCAGUGGAAUAAAGAUUUAUCCAUUACCAGAUUGUGAUAGUGAUGAAGAUGAAGAUUAUAAAGAACAAGUUAGACAAUUGAAAGAAGCAGUUCCAUUUGCUGUAUGUGGAGCAAACACGUUAUUAGAAGUAAAGGGACGAAAAGUACGAGGGCGAUUGUAUCCAUGGGGUGUAGUAGAAGUUGAAAAUCCUGAUCAUUGUGAUUUUAUAAAACUGAGAACAAUGUUAAUCACACAUAUGCAAGAUUUACAAGAAGUGACUCAAGAAGUACAUUAUGAAAAUUAUCGCAGUGAAAGACUAGCAAAAGGAGCUCCUGUACCACCUCGAAGACAAACAAUUGCAGAAUCUGAAAGAAGUAAUUCUGUUUCUGAGAAGGACCGAAUAUUGCAAGAAAAAGAAGCAGAGUUACGACGAAUGCAAGAAUUAGUAGCAGUAAUGCAGGCACAAAUGCAACAACAACAACCUUAAUUAUAUAUAUUUUCUGCACAAAUGUGUGAAGAAAAAUUAAUUCUUUGCAUUACAGGUGCCAAAAAAUUAUAUUAAAUGAUCAAUAUGUUAUUCAAAACAUAAUUUGAAAAAAAAUUUACAAUUUUUAAAAAUUUAUUUAUGACAAAUAUAACUAGAAAAUAUACAUUUUUUAUUCAAUAUUUUUGUUUUAAAUAUUAAAUUAUGGACAAAAUUCAGUAUUUUAAAAACAUAGAAAACUAAAAUUAAAAAUAUAGAAAAAAUUACAUUAAAAAAUUAUAAUUUAAUAACCAUACAACACAGAAAUGCGUAAUAAGUGCCUUGCAUAUUUUUUUUUAAUAAAAUAAUUUAUAAUUUCCAUUAAAAUACAAAUAUCAAAAUUAAUAUAAUCCAUUUUAUAAAAAUAAAACUGUUAUAAAGAAUUUGUAUUUCUUAAACAAGAUGUAGUACAAUUAAUAUUUGGUAAAAUAUGUUAUAAUAUUAAAAUAUAUGUAACAAAUAUGCAGAAUCUCUCAAAUAUUAUGCAAAAAUUUUAUUUCAAAAUGAAAAACAAAAAUUUAUAAGAUACAAUAUAACUCCAAUGACAAGAAAUUAUAUAAGUUUAUAUAAGUUGUAUAAAUACAUAUAUACAAUAACAUUUUAUAAAUAUUGAUAUUUUACACAAAUGACAAAGAAAUUGGUAGAAAUAUAUGUACAAUUUGCAUAUCUUCCAAUAUUCCAUAUAUAUUUUUUUAUGAAAAAAAUUUUAAGACUGCCAAUAUUAAACUAUUAAUCAUUCAUAAUAUUUAGAAAUUAAAAGUUUAUUUUAUGUUGUGAUAAACAGUGUUAAAUGUAAAGUAUAGCUUUACAUGUGUUUUAUUUUCAAUAUGUAAAGUAUCAAGUAUUAAGAAUUAACAUUUAUUUUUACUUAAAUAUUCUAGUAAUAUUUAAUUACUAGUACCUACUCUUAAAUCAUUUUUAUAAUUUUUAUUUUAAAAAACAUGUAUGCAAUUUAAGAAAAAUAUUGUAUUAAAAAUAGAGAACUUUCAAAAUGUAGGUAAAAUGAACAUCAAUAUAUAUUACAUGAAUUUUAUUUUAUUUCUUAACUAUUGUACUUAUAUAUAUGCAUUUUUAUAUUAAGAAUAUUCUUAUGCUUUUAUACGUAUUGUACAGGUAUACUCAGAGUGUGUUUUAUAUUUUUUUUUUAUAAAUAUAUGUCUAUAAUAAUAUGUGACAUUGUUUAAGAUUUAUGCAUAUAAUAAUCUAUUACUGUUGAAAAAGCUGCAAAACCUGCUGCUCCAAUUAAACCUGCUUUUAUACCAGCUAAAUCAUAAAAUCAUAUUAAAAUUUGCUACUUAUAUAUAUUAAAUUUAUAUUUAAAUUUAAAA